AUGUCCCAAUCGCAGCAAGAGGCUCAGAAGGCCGUCUAUGACGCACUUUGCGUUGUACUCGGUGAGAUAUCUGACAAUGCCAGCAAAACGAAGCUUAGAGCCCGCAUACAAGAUCAUGCUGCGGAGCCUCGGCUCGCCGAUGUCAUCCAAGCAUAUGGUCUGGUUAAUGUCAAGAAAACAGCUGUUUUACUCUAUCAGAGGGAUGUUUUCUCAUCGAAAACAAUUGCACAAGAGUAUUUUCAGGCCGCCACCGAAGUUGCUGAAGGUAGCCCUGAUGCCGCACCUCAGGAUCCUGCACCGGCGGACGAAGAGAUACAACUAUCCGCCGAAACCAGAGUGCCGCUUUCCGCUCAGCAUCACUUGCUCGCAAAAGUCCAAUUUGAGCUAGAAGCUGCUUGCUUUGAGUUUGCCCGAGCUAAGACACCAGCUAUCCUAGAACAAAAUGGCUGGACUUGUGUUGAGGCUGUAGAGCUCAAUCUGAUUGCCAAGGCGCUGGGCAAGCAUCAGGAGCAUCUGCCCGGAGUCGCAGGGCUGCCUAAGGGCGUCACCGCGGGCAAACUUCUAGGAGCCAUGGAAAGCAUCAGGCAUGCUGCCGUCCAUCGAGAGUACUUGAAGGCAACGGAACUGCUGGCGAUGCUGAGAUAUGGCGAGAGUCUGCUGAUCAUGCUCGAGAACGAGAGCCGUCUGGCGUCCAUGAGGAGCUUGCGAGAGGAGGUCAGCAAGUGCAUUUUCGAGCUGGACGGCGAUGAGACAGAUGUCAAGGAAAGCAUCGCGACAGCCCACAAAAUUGCGGCUAUACAGAUUGCACGGCUGAAGCAGCAAGAGGACGAGGCUGUCGUUCGAGCUGAGGCGCGACGAGCCGCAUUAUUAUGCUCCUAUGCCCAACAAAUCACGGCCAUGGUUUCAACCAUACAUGUCAAGGAAGCAACGCAAAUUCGGCAGCCGUCAUCUAUGGCCGCCCUAUCAACGGUUUUGUUCUUCUUGGCGCGCUCUAUGAGAAGCGCAAUCAUGUUCGUGCUUGACAUUUUGUGUCGCCUAUAUGCCGUGCUAGCGGGAGUUUUCGUACGAGUAUCAGUAUAG